GAGUGCAUUAUCAAUAAACAAAGACUGUUAAUAACUGCAAGUUAGGGAAUGUAUAUUAUUUAGUCAUCUAGCUAAUUAAAUCAUUUGUAUUCUUGUAAACUUGACGGUAAGUUCUCCGUUUCUUCAUAUAACGGUUUCUACGAGUUUUAUACACAGAUGCACUUCGCAGCAAUAGAUCAUCCGGUGACGAUGGAUACUUUGAAUGCUGCCACUGGUGGCGAUACAGUCGAAGCGGAUCCAGAUAGUGUCGUGGAUGCAUUUGAGCAAAGUACGUUAUCCAUUAAAAGCCCAGUUAGCGUCCAGGUUCAAGAAACUUGGAGGCGACCGAGCAGUCGUUCAGCACCAAGUGAUGAAGGAGUAGAACUGUAUUUCGAGAUUCCAUUCGCUCGUGUGAUUUCGCCAGCAGCAGCAGUAGAUGGAGGAAGCGCUUCUAGUGGUAAAAAGUAUGUUAUUUACGAUGUCAGCGUCCUUAAAAAUAGUGCAAAUCAUGACCCCAAUCCGACAAUUGUCGAACGUCGAUACACACAUUUUCUGAAGUUAUUCAACGGUCUUAAAAAAGACAACGCGCAACUUGUGCAGAAUGUGAUGUUUCCUAAAAAAGUACUGAUAGGAAAUUUCAGCGGGGAACUCAUCGGUGAACGAAGUCAAGCUUUCGAAAGCUUUCUUGAUUAUAUAGUUUCGGUGCCUUUAUUACGUGAUUCGGAACAUUUUCUAGAAUUUUUACAAGGUGAAGAGCUGAGUAAAGCUUGUCAGCUCCUGGACGAACGCAGAAACGAGUUUGCAGUGCCAAUUUUAGAGAAUACAUUCCGUAUACUGAACAAAAUUUUCCUGGACAAAUCCAAGUGUGUACUACUGUUGCUAUGUCGACUUGUCGCUGCCUGUACUACAUCACCUAUUCCACAUCCACUAGCGGAGCAAUGGGCUGAAUUGGCGCUUAGACGUUAUGAGCAUGUAUGCGAUACAGAACUACUAGUAUUGUACAUACCUUUGCUGCAUACUUGUUUGCAUUUGUGGUGGCAACGUGGUCGCGAUCGAUCGCUGCUGGAAGAACGUUUGGAUCAAAUGGGUAAAAAAGGUAUUAAAAUUAAAGGAGGACCUACACUAGCUAAAGCCAUCCACGCCCUUGAUCCUAGGGCAGAAACUACGUGAAAAUACAUUAUAUAGCAGUAUCAUACAAUUAUAUGACAUUAGUAGAAUUUUUAUCCUGUAAAGUGUGUUGUGAUAGAGGUAAACGUAUAUGUUACACACGGAAAAUAUCGAUAAAAACGAAUAAAUUGAGAUGGGUUUCAACAA